AUACGCUGGCAGGACGACGACGAGGAGGACGCGAGAAAAAAAUCUUAACCGCUCUGUAUGUCUUGGAAUGACCUGUCUGGUAGACAGACGCUGCAUAGUAAUGAUGAUGAUGAUGCCCCCAUUUCUCAGGUACAGCACUCUGGGAAGGCCGGAAAUUGGUUGGGAUGCAGGCAGAGGAAGGCAAGGAAACAGGAAGCGUGCCCUGGCAGGACUUUGUUGCAAGAAAGAUCCCUCCCGAUUCAUUAUUUCCCUGGCCUCCCAAUUCUAAUUCCCAUCGUUAUUGCCCUGGAGUCGCUGUAGCCAGACCCAGGUGCCGUACGCAAUUGCUGCUAAUUGUGUUAAGCGGUACUCGUCCUGGCCCACCAGUCUCCUCCGUGCCCUGCUCUGCUCCCCCUGGUUUUGCGUUCACAACUUGGUUUUUCUGCUGCGCUGCUCACCAAAGUUUCAGUCGCUCGACGUAGAGUACCUAAAUACCCUGGUCCACCUCACUAUCCUCGUUAUCCUGGAAUAUCCU